AAGAAUUGAGUAUCGGGACGAGAGCUGGGUCAGAGGAUCUCUGCCAAGUUCCCAAGGAGCAUCCUCCAGACUGGCAGUGCUCAAGGAGAAUUCUCAGGGUUUGGCCUUCUCAUACCCACCUCUUCUAGGCAGCAGCUCUAACUGCACCAGACAGGUACAACAUCCCAGACAGCUAUGCCUCUUCUGUCCAGCAUCGUGGGCCUCACAGGCCUUCUCCUUUGGAUGGGUCACACAGUGGGAGCCUUACGGAUGCCCAACACCACACUGGUCCAGGGCCGACCCAAGAACAUAGCUGUGUGGCCCCUGUCUGGCUUGGGGGUGCCCCGGCACCGCCGGAAGCGCCACAUCUCUGCCCGGGACAUGAGCGCCUUACUGGAUUAUCACAACCACAUCCGGGCCAGCGUACACCCACCUGCUGCCAACAUGGAGUAUAUGGUUUGGGAUGAGCAGCUGGCCAGGUCUGCUGAAGCCUGGGCCACCCAGUGCAUCUGGGCCCACGGACCCUCACAGCUGAUGAAGUACGUGGGCCAGAACCUCUCUAUCCAUUCCGGCCGGUACCGUUCUGUGGUAGACCUUGUGAGGUCUUGGUCUGAGGAGAAGCGCCAUUACUCAUUCCCGGCUCCAAAGGAUUGCACCCCACACUGCCCUUGGCUCUGCAGUGGUCCUGUCUGCUCCCACUAUACCCAGAUGGUGUGGGCAUCCUCCAGUCGGCUGGGCUGCGCCAUUCACACCUGUAGCAGCAUCAAUGUGUGGGGCAGCACCUGGCAGCAGGCUGUCUACCUGGUCUGCAACUACGCCAUUAAGGGCAACUGGAUCGGGGAGGCACCCUACAAGGCCGGGAAGCCGUGUUCUGUCUGUCCUCCCAGUUACCAAGGCAACUGCAACAGCAACAUGUGCUUCUCUGGGCUCAAAUCCAACAGGCUCCCAUGGGUCUGAACUGGCCCCUAGCUGGACCUGACCCUUGAAAGAUUCCUCCCCAAAGAUGAGAGGGAGAACAGGAAUUGGGGCAGCCCCUACAGUUCUUUAUAAAUGUCUUUUCUUUAAUGUCCUGCAUGCAUUAAAGGAGUCCCCUCUUCCUUC